AUGGCCGAACCUGACAUUGAGCAGGUCGCCCUCGUCAUCACAGCGAUAUUGAGUUCGGUCAACGUUUCCCUCGGCUUCGGCAAGCAUGUCUUCGAGAUCAACCCCGUCAACUUCCCGGCGAUCGGCCUUAACGGCCAGGUUUCCAGCACGAUAUCGAUUUCGGCAGCGGUGUGGAGUAAGACCUCGUUCGCGAUGACGCUUCUCAGGAUCGAAGGGAAAGGUUGGACUCGACACCUGAUUUGGUUCGCCAUCGUCAGCAUGAAUCUGCUGAUGGCGCUUAACGCGAUGGCCGGCUGGGUUCAAUGUGCGCCGAUCGAGAAGAACUGGCACCCUGAACUCCCUGGAAAGUGCUGGGAUCCUAAGGUUGCCGCGUACUACGGUGUAUUUGCUGCCGGAUACUCCGCGUUGAUGGAUAUCCUCCUCGCAAUGCUGCCAUGGAAGUUGGUUUGGGAACUCCAAAUGAAGUUGAAGGAGAAGAUCGGCGUUGCCAUCGCCAUGAACCUCCGGCUAAGAUCGAUCUCCAGUGCCGGUGCAACUGCGAUCGUCAAGUGCACGACCAUCCCCACUCUCCUCUCGGGUGACUUUACGUACGACGGCAGCGACCUUGUCAUCUGGGGAACCUGCGAGUCCGGCGUAACCAUCGCCGCCGCCUCCAUCCCCGUCCUCCGCGUCCUCGUCCGCGACGUCGCCAGCACCGCCCGCAAAUACUACGGCGGAUCCACCGGUACCCGAACAGGCAGGUCUCAGAUCGGCGGUGGCAUCACCCGUACGAACACUGUCACAGUAACGACGACAACACGAAAGCCUUCCGUCAGAAGGAAAGAUAAGCUCGCAGACGACCGAAGCGACAAGAGCAUCCUCGGGGAUGAGGAAGAGGUGGAGUUUGGCAAGAUCGUCAAGACAAACGAGGUGGUGGUGCAGUACGACACGAGAAGUGAUUACGAUGGGCAUAAUGAAAGUUACGAGAUGGGCCGGAUGGAUCGCAUGGACCGUAUGAACCGUAUGGUGUAA